CUGAUAAAGUUUACUAUAUAAACCUGGGAGGGAGAGGUUUUCCCCCCUCACCCGCUCCGUCCAAAAACCCUAGAGAUUUUUCCCCGAGGGACCCCUACCAAUUCGUCUCCCGACACCCGAGCUCUGAGUCGUGCUGAUGGCGGGGGUUUCCGUUUCAGUAGAGAAGGUGAAAGAAUUUAUCAGCUCGCAGAUCCAGGACGAGGAGAAAUGGGCGUUCAAUAUGCGGAUGCUGCGUUCAAUUGGAAUGUUUGCUGGCUCCAUAUUUCUGAUGCGAAACUUUGGAGAUCUCAUGGCGAUAUGAAGACCACCAAGGAAAUUAAGAGGCGCCAUGUGGAUCCUCUUCUUUGGUAAUUAUGUAGGCUCCCGGAAGAUUUUUCAUCAUUGUUCUGGACCGUGUACGUGUUUGAAUAGUCGAGAACUGUAGUCCCUCAUUCAUUGGGCACGGCACAGGCCUCACUGCUUGGGGGUGAUUCCUGUGCUUUUCUUCCCUUUGGUCAUAGUUGGUAUGUGGAGGCAGCGUCUUCUUCUAAGGGGUUAGCUCUCGGUAUUGUAGAUCUUAUCUUUUCCUUUUCGUCUUGUCUUUUCUGGCUAGCAAGUUGGGGGGAAUUAACCUUCAUACCUUUUUGAGAUCUAUGACAAUGUGACUCAACCAUCCACUUGUAUGUUGAAUCUCUAUGCUGUAUUCACCCAAUUGGAUGAAAAAAAGAAAAGGAGUUGCCUAAA